AUGUCUAUCUAUACACCUCGCAACGUGUUAGUCACCGGAGGUUGCGGUUUUAUUGGUUCCAAUUUUGUGAAUUAUAUCUUUCGAACUUGGCCACAAACUAAUAUUGUCAACAUUGAUAAGUUGACCUUGAAUGCGGAUGUUUUCUACGUGAAUGAAGAAGUAAUCGAGUCAUCACGAUACAAGCUUAUCACAGCCGACAUACGUAACUGUGCAUUAGUUGAACGGAUCUUAAAUGAAAAUAAGAUUGAUACCGUGAUACACUUUGCAACGGACUGCACUUCAACACGAUGUUACGAUGAUCCUGUAGAAUCAAUUGAAAAUAAUGUGAUUGCAUUUAUCCAGUUUAUGAAGUGUAUUCAGUCCUACAAGAAAAUCGAGAGGUUUUUACAUAUCAGUACUGACGAGGUAUACGGUGAUUCUAACCUGGUAGCAGAUGAAAAAGGCAAAAUAGAGGACGCAGUUCUUUUGCCUGGAAAUCCUUAUGCGGCUACAAAGGCAGCUUGUGAAUCAUAUGCACAUAUUUGCUGCGACUUGUUUGCAAUGCCAAUCAUUAUAUUACGUAUCAACAAUAUCUAUGGACCUAAUCAGUGGGAUGUUAAGGUAAUUCCUCGUUUCAUUAAAUUAGCAAAAAAUAUGGAAAAAUUUACUGUGCAAGGUAGUGGCAAACAGUUACGUUCAUGGCUAUAUGUUGACGAUGCAGCUGAAGGUAUUCGAAAGGCCGUCGAAAGUGGAAAAAUUCAUGAAAUUUACAACAUCGGAACUUAUUUUGAAAUGAAUGUAAUUGAUCUUGCUCACGUUAUACAAGCGGAAGUAGACCGGCAACUUGGACGAAGUCUAACCCCUGUGGAAUUUGUUGGUAUACUGGAUCGGCCAUAUAACGAUUUACGUUAUCUGCUUGAUUACAGUAAAAUUAGUCUGGAUACUGGUUGGUCACCAAAAGUGUCAUUUGAAGAAGGCAUUAGUCGAGUUAUCGUUUCUGCAUUAAAUCUGCCUAAAAGGAGUCAGAAGAUGACCGUUGUUAUUUAUGGUGGCAAAGGUUGGAUUGGACAGCAGUGCUGUAAGAAAUUACUUGAGCGGAAGAUCCAUUUUACGCUGGCCAAGUGUCGAGUUGGAAAGAAUAGCGAUAAGGAGGUUUUGGAUGAGUUAAAUGGUAUUUCCUGUACACAUGUACUGUGUUGUACGGGAAGAACGCACGGUGGUAAAUUCAAAACAGUGGAAUAUCUAGAAGGAGGACCAAAUCAAACUUUCGAGAAUAUACGAGAUAAUUUGUACUCAACGGUGACUUUAGCGAGAAUAUGUCAAACAUUGGGUUUGCAUUUCACCUACGUCGGGACUGGAUAUAUAUUUGCAUAUGAUCAGGAGCAUCCGAUAGGCGGCAAAGGAUUUACUGAUGAUGAUUUGCCAACAUUUUUCGGAAAUUCAUAUUCAAUUGUGAAAGGUUUCACUGAUCGUAUGAUACAACAAUAUCACGGUGGAAUCAAGGAAUGCUUAAAUGCUCGAAUAACGUUACCUUUGAAUUUCUGUUUAGACGAAGAGAGAAAUCUGUUGACCAAAAUUUUGGGAUAUAAGCAAAUCUUCGACAUCCCAGUAUCGAUAACAAUACUUGAUGACUGCAUACCAGCACUAAUUGAUCUCAUGGAAAGACGUGUUGGUGGUAAUUUGAAUUUAGUCAAUCCCCAGCCGAUCAGUUUUUCUCAAAUACUGGAACUUUAUAAGGAGAUUGUUUGUUCGGACAUCCAUCACUAUGAGUUAUUAGAUGCAAAUGAUGACAAAUAUCGUGAACUUUGCACGACUAAAGGAAACUGUGCUUUGGAUACGUCCAAAUUGGAAAAGCUUUGUCCAAAAAUUCCGAACAGUUUCGACAGUCUACGGAAGGGUUUCAUGAAAAUCAGAGAUAACCUCAACUGA